GAAGAGUGCGAGAUUCUAUGUAUCCCAUAAACAUACGUGACAUAUAACGAUAAAGAAAAAAGGCUCGAAGUUUGUGGAAGCUUUGUUGGGUCAGUGGCAAAACCGCUGGGGAGACUGGAGAUAAAUUACAAGAAGGUUCAUCGGGGUCCAACAGUGGCCGAUUUCAAACGUCAUACAACCAACGGCCCCUCUCUCAGUCACUUGACCUCUGGGUAAACUGAUAUAUUAGAGCGAUCGUGCCGGCACGAGUUCAGUAUAACGUAACUCCCUCUUUCGAUCGUUUACUCGAGUUUGGAAACGAUUUUGAGCUGCUGCAAAGUUUCGUGUGUGAAAAACGUGUGGUGCGAACCGAGAACACAAUAAUCGGGGUUCGAAAUCUUCGAAAGUGUCAAUAAACGACGAAAACGAAACGGGGAAAAAAGAAACAAAGGAUAAAUACAUCGGAACUUAGAGUAGCGUAUUUUUCAGUGCUAAACGAACAAAUAACAGUUUAUGAAAUCCUCAAGGAAUAUCGGGAGAAUCUGUAUGAGAUUCGCCGCGUCGACGAAGCAGAAGCGUUCGUUUGUCCGGAAAGGCAUUCCGGAAGAGACGAAAAGGCCGAGCAAGAAGCUCACGAAACGAGAAAUACGUGAUUUGUUCUUUGACAACUGUGACGGCUGCUUGACAAUGGCCGCGAUACCACACGGUGCCUUCGCAGUGCGUAAAGUCCGCGAGAAUAACGAGCGUCGUUUUCUCAUUUCCAAGAUGGAAAAGAGAGGAGGCAACGACAAAGAAAGCAAACAAGACACCGGCUACUCCAAGAAAAACUCUCAAGAAGAGGGCAGAGAAUUAACGCCGUUGAAAUACAACAGUAAACUGAUGAACAGCAUUUGGGGAUUGUACAAUCGUUACUCGGUGCAUAAUUUUAAGAAAAACACUGAUGCCGACGACACGAUGAACGCGGCGGCAGCGGCUUGGGGGCCAACGAUUCGUAACGGACCCCCAACGAAGCCAAUGAUCGAAAAUUCAGCCGCCGCGCAGGUUCGCCAAUUCCUGCAUGGGAACCGAAAACACGAUCUAAACGGAUCACACGUUUACUUGAAAAAUUGUAUUCAUGUAGAAUGAGAGCUCGAUGCAGUAAAUAAAAAGUUUUUUUUCCAUCGCGGAAAUAAAUUUUUAACGUUGCUGUUAUGACGUGCGAAAAUUAGUCAUUGACAAAAGACUUCGAAAAAUAUUAUUAAGUUCUAAAGUAACCCUGGUGAUUUUGCGUGUAUGUGAUAAGGAUAAACAAACAGUUAUUAUUUAUGUGUGAGAAA